CGCGCUCUCCUCAUUCCCACAAAUGGCGCGGGCGUGAGCGAACGCCAGGCGCUGCGCGAGCUCGGCGGUGAGCCCGAGCUGUUGCAGUCAGCCUAGUUCCUUUCCGAGCCGCCGAUGAGCUCUGUUGGAACUGGAUGAAGAAAAAGAAUGGAUAUGGGUAACCUACAUCCUUCUAUCAAAAGGCUGCAAGAAAUACAGAAAGAAGUCAAAGAGUUUGAAUCUCAAGUAGUAGCCUUCAGUGGUCUGUCCAGUGAUAGAGCUUACAAGAAAUUAGAAAGAACUUUAACUAAACAGCUUUUUGAAAUAGAUUCUGUGGAUGCUGAAGGAAGAGGUGAUGUUCAGCAAGCCAGAAAGAGGGCUGCCCAAGAAACUGAGAAACUGCUUAAGGAACUGGAGCAGAAUGCAAACCAUCCCCAAAGGCUGGAGAUAGAAUCCAUAUUUAAUGAGGCACAAGCAUUGGUGGAGCAAGAAAUCACAGCUUUUUAUAAAGGAGGUAACUGUGUAACUGAGGAGUUUGAAGAAGGUAUACAGGAUGUAAUUUUUAGACUCACUCAGGUAAAAACUGGAGGGAAAAUUUCUCUGCGGAAAGCCAGAUAUCACACCCUGACCAAAGUAUGUGCUGUUCAAGAAAUUAUAGACAGUUGUACAAAGCAGCAGCCUUCUCUGCCAUUGUCCAGUGAUGCACAUCCUUCUGUUUCCAAAAUUAAUUCUGUUAUAGGAGAUGUGAACAAAGCAAAAGGGACUCUUAUUGCCGUAUUAAUGGGAGUAAACAACAAUGAGACCUGUAGACAUUUAUCCUGUGUACUGACAGGUCUGAUUGCUGAUCUGGAUGCCUUAGAUGUAUGUGGCCAUCCAGAAAUAAGAAACUAUCGUAAAGAAGUAGUGGAAGAGAUCAAUAGAUUGCAAAAAUAUCUGGAUCUGGAAGAAGAAGCAGAUUCCACUUACGGUUAUGACUUGGCACAAAACAGAUGCAUUAUAAAAAUAGAAGAAAUACGCAAGAACAUGAAAGAAGUUAAAGCUUCCCUUCUAAAAAUAGAGAAAGCUUCAGAUUUGUAUCUAAAGUCAAAGACAGAGCUGCAAGGGUUAAUUGCCCAGUUGGAUGAAAUAAGCCCAGGCAAAAAUCCCUGCAUCCGAGAAGCCAGGAGGCGAGCAGUGAUAGAAGUGCAAACCCUGAUAACUUAUAUUGACUUAAAGGAGGCUCUUGUCAAACAACAAACCUUUGUGGAACAAACAGAAACAGAAGUCCCAUCACAAAAAGCAGUUUGGAAUAUUCUUGAAAAUGUGGCACAGAUUCAGCAAGAGGUGUUGUCUUUUGAUGGGAACAGAACUGAUAAGAACUACAUGAGGCUAGAGGAGCUCCUCACCAAACAACUUCUAGCGCUUGAUGCUAUAGACCCUCAAGGAGAUGAGCGCUCAAAAAUAGCUAGGAAACAGGCAGUGAAGCUUGCACAGAACAUUCUUUACUAUUUGGACAUGAAAACAGAUGAAUGGGAGUACUAAAAUGAUGUUGGUCUUGUGUGCUAGACAUUGAUUUCUCUCCUGCACUUUGUAACAGUCAGUUUCCCAUAACUGUAAGACCAACAGUUCCAUCAUUUGCUCAUCUCUUUGAGGUUGAGUAAAAGUUGGAUUGGGUUAAGCAGCAACUUCUUCCUGCUGGUGCAGUCAGUGAAGGCAGUCCAUGUGCCAAUUACAUUACAAUUUUUGUUAUAGACUGUUUUCUGUUGCUUGCAUGAUUUGUGAAGAAGACUCGCAGAACUGCCUCUCCAGCUGUUGCCUAAAGCUUUCUAUAUAGAAUACUUCUACACCAAGACAAUAUACGGUCUUGCAAAUUCGGUCAAAGCAAAACUAAUGAGAAAAUCCAGAGGAAAUGUCAGUCAGCCUUAAACCAGUUUAGAUGUUGCAGUUGUCUGGUUCAAUCCAGUUGCAAUCCAAAGGAUUAAAUGCAAAUUACUCGUAGCUGUUUUGUGUGUUUGAUUUAGUCUUGCUGAUCUUUCAUUUGAGAUUUUUUUAAUAGUUUGGCAUAAUAUGAAACAUGAACACCUCUGGAAUAUAGAUAUAAGUUGCAGUUACAUGCUUUCUACUGAUUUCCAUAGGAUUAUUUCAGAAUUGAUUAACAGAAGCUACAAUCAGUCAGCACAUUUUGGAGUUCUCAUUAUGUAAACCAGAGUGACACCAGAAUAUAGGAGUGGUAGGACUUUAAAGAUAGAAUGCAUAGCAUAGUUUGAACAAUAUAUAUUUCCUGAAUUAUGAUGAACUUUUCAAUAAUCAAUAGUGAUCCUGAAUUUGGGAUCUUAAUAGCUGUGGAGAUAUUUUCCUUUAAUUUUGUGAUGAUUUGGUAGAUACUGGGCAGCUUGUCAAAUAUUUCUUUUCAUUUUUCUAGAUUGAUUCAGCAUUUCUUUUUGCAUACUAAGCUUGGCACAGAAAUGGUUAUUUUUUCUAAGAUUUCAUGUGUUGCUGUUACACCCUAGAUUGUCUAGCCUUUUGUUGUUUUAAACUAUUUUACUGAUUUUUUAAAUGCUGUUCAUGAUCUAUCAAGGCAGCAGAUAUUUCUUCUGACGUAUUUUUUUCAUCUUUCAAUCCAUCAGAAUGACAAACAUUUCAGAAAACAGAAUUUAAAAAGUAGAAGCAUUACUAUCUAUUACUUUAACUGUCUUGAGUAGAUACAUGUACCAUUCCUCAGUAUGAAAGAAAAAGUUGCUUGUGGGUUUUUUUUAACCUUUUGUUGUCUUCACUGAAGCCUCAUAGUUUAUUAACUGUGUCUGAUCAUAUUUCUGAAUACACCAAACUUGGUCAGUUUAGGUAUAAUUGUUCCCUGUCAGAAUAGUAAAAAUCAACAGCAAUCAUAUUUUUUAGAAUGCAUUAUUAGUACCAUGCAGAAAUCUGCAGUCGAUCAAAGUAAUAUGUAGAAUAACUGAUGUUUCUAAUCCAGCCUCUAUAAUAGAAAUUACUGCUUUGUAGAAGACUAUUUCUACAAUACAUGAUUAAUGCAUGCUGAGAUAUUGCAUUGAUGUCUAUGAAUAAGGUUUUAGUAUAGAAUUAAAAGGCAUAAGGCUUAUUCUUAGGAAGCAAGUGCCUUUUAAAUGACCUUUAAAUUUGUAGCACCUUGUAGCUAUGACUGCUGCUUCAUGGUGUUUUUCAGUGAAGUAUUUUCUAUAUUGUGGAUUACUUACCUGCUGCAGCUUUUAAAAAGCUGUAUUGUCAUAUUAGCAAGCAGCUGAAACCUAGAUGACAACACAUCCAUUUGCUUAGUUUUGUCCUUGGCCUCGUCCCACUGUUAAUUGCUCUGAUCUCUUGUGUGUCUCAUUUCCGUAAGCUGAAAGAAAGGAGUGGUGGCUUAGUUUACUUUAAAAUUAAUUUUGAUCUUGCUGCACAAAAGGUUUGUUUAAAAGCUUUUCAUUGUUACUACAAUAGGUUAGUGAAUCUUUGUCAAUGAACAGGGUUUUAGAUCUGGGCUUAAUAGAGCCCAAAGCUGAAUAAUAAGCAUUUUGGUAGCUUCAUCAGAGUCUUUAUUUUGUCCUUUUUCCUGUUGAUUAAAAUAAUUACUGUUACCUGCUUGUACUGUUCUAGUUUGUGUCCUUAGUAAAUUGGCUAGUAGAUCUAAUUAAAAUAUUUUCACUUUCGUUAAAAGUUUUCAUUCUAGCUACAUGGGUUUUGAUCCCAAACUCUGCACACAUAUAGAGCUCCCACAUUAUUUGGAUUCCCCAUUAAUAUAAUUUUCAGAACAGUAAUACAAGUGUUUUUCUUCCAUUCCCCUUUUUCCCAUAUAUGACUUCAGCUUCCAUGUAGAAGCUGUUGCUUAUUUGAGUACUCUGAAAUGAGAUGGCAGAUUAGACAUGUAUUCUUCAGGGAACAAAUAAAUAAUUGGUUGUACAUCUACCUGUCCCUCAGCUCACAAAACUUCAUCAGAAGACAACUUUAUGAAUGAAAGGGGAAAGGUUAUUACAGCUGAUUCUUCCUCUCUUUAACUCCCUGGGAUCCAUAAAAUCAGCUUCAGUGGUUGAGGAGCAGCAUUAAAUGUGGUGUUAGGAACUGUAGAAGAAAGGGCAAGCUUAUAUUUGGGUUUAGUUUUUAUUCUGUUAAUGCUUCAGAAAGAGAUUUAUAAUGUGGGAUCCUAGUUAAUGCUUCAUGUAUCUUCUCUCACCUGAAUUCUGUUCUCAAUAAAUUCCAAAUAGUGGAAGAGGAGGGAGUCCUUCCCAUGUAGUUCUGAAGAAGUUUAGCAGUGAUUUGGGGAACUUUCCAGAAUCAGAGAGUGAGUGGUUUGGGGUGCUUUGCUAGAAACUUCAUCCUGCCUCUUCCAGUGGUAUCAAAAUGUGUUUCCUUUCUGCAACUGAAGGCUGUUCUGUUUGCACUACAUAUAUCCAAACUGGUUUUUUUGUUUGUUUUAACUUUAACUUUAAAACUAUCUAUUAUUUUUUGCUUGUAUUUUACACAUAACUGGAAUGCUGUUACAGUAUUCUAAAGUUCAGCAUAUAGGCUUCUGUUACUCAGGUACAUUCUUAAGGUUCUCAUAAAUCUAGUACCUUGUUAAAGCUGCAGGUUUUAAAGUGAAUGUGUAAUAAAAUUAGAUAUUGUGAUAGAAGCCUAAUUUCCCAUUUUUCUAUUUAAAAAAGAAUUUAUAGUUCACAAAUUGAAGUAUGCUUUGCUAAUCUAUCUUAAGUUAUUUGGUACAAUUAUAAAUCUGAUUUUUGCAUGAAUAAAUAUUAUUAAAGUAAAUAUGAUAAACCAAAAAGAAACUUUGUGAAUUUGUUUUUCACUUUUAAGAAUAUUCUUUUUCUACUUAAUAUGCAAGCAGGUUAGAGCACAUAUUUUCCAUUGUAGUGAUUUUAACAGCCUAUACUGCAGUUCUGCAUUGGACCAAAUCAGAGUUUUUUUAAUAUCAAGGCUUUUGUGCAGUACCAUAACAUUUAGGGCAAGAAACAAAUAUAAUUCUGCUGAAUUACAUCAUGAUUUUGAUUGUAUUGCUUUGGAUGUUCAGUUGAUCUAAAUAGCCUUGUUCUGAUAGCUUUCUGAUAUCUUUGCCAGCAACCAUGAUACAAUUUUCAGCAGUUUGAAAUGAACUCUUCUGAUAUGAAUGGCAAACCAUUGUAAUCAGCUUCUACAAUUAAGCUUUCUCUGGGUGCUAGCCCUUUAAGUGGUACAUAUUUUGUUGUAUGUUAAACUUGAAAACUAUGAGAACAAGCUACCACAUGGACGGAGCUUGCUUUUUUGGAAGAUGUGUACUAGCUCAUGUUUAUGUAUUGCAUUGUUCAAUGUAUACAGAUUCAGAAAUCAAAUCUUAAUAAAGUAUUUGGAUGUUG